AUCUGCCUGGAGAUCAAUUUGCAGCGCACUAGAAAGUCGUUCGCAUACUUGCAGCCGGAAAGAGCCGUGGAUUGUCGCUACGACUAGCAGACUUCUGCGCGUAUCAAGCGACAGCAAAGCUCUUACAACAGCAUCGAUCUAAGUCACUAUGGAGAGCAGUACCCCUCCUCCGGUUUCAUUCGCCGAGCCGCGGGACUGGCAAGAUGUCAUGAAAAAUCGGUCUCGAUACAAGAUGCACGAAUUGAUCGAGAAACUGGGACUACGGGCGAAAUGGAGCUCGAACAAACGUGGCAAGACGCAGUUCGACAGCAAUGCGGUCAAGAGUCUCAUCACCGAUAUGGGACGCGUGACAGACGCUCUCCCGCAAGACGCCGAUGAGCUCCUUGCCUAUCUGGCAAAACCGAACAGCUUGAGCGACGAAGUAGAUGCCCUCGUUGAGAAGCAUGGUCCGGCGAUAUGGGGACGGGAUGUCAACCGAGACCAUCUUGUCCACGCCAGCGACCCCACUGUUCAUGACAUGUAUCCGAAAGAUUUGUAUUACGAGGAUGAACGGGACAGGGAGCAAAUACGCGCCUUGCUGCAUUGGUGGACAGGUAUAAAAGCAUGCAACCGUCUAUUGGCUCGCGAGCGGACGGGUCGAGACAGAAAGAAGAAGCAAGAACGACUACGAUUACGCGAUGAGGAUGGGACUGCACGGGAGCUCAGUGCAGUAUUUCCCAUAGUGUCGUCCGGUGGAGUGCUUAUUGCACCUGCCGGUCGCUCCGAGACGGUGCCUCUAUCCUACACAGCGUCCGCGCGACAUGCGCAGGCGCUCCGACUGGACACGACUUACAGCAACCCAGCGUCGCCCAUGAGCGGAACCCCGUUGCACUCCAAUGACAGUCCCGUCGUAGCCGGCUAUGGGGUCGGCAGCGACAGUUUUUACACAUUUCCUGCGAGAGAUGUGAAUGGGCCGCCCCGGCAAGGAAGGACUUUAUCUCCGCCCUUGGCACAUCACCUUGGGCAUGAAACUACCGUGCGACCGCAUAGAAGCACGCCACCCAUCUCCAGGCCACCGUCAUUACACCAACUUCGCGCCGAGAUAGGAUCACUUGUAUCGAAUUUCUUGGAAGACGACAAUAAUCCCAGAGCAGGACAGGAUGCAGCGCUGGCCAGUCGGGAUGGAGAGGCACAGCAAAGGAGCGACGGGCAGGGGCAGGCAUUGGAUGCAGAGACACUACAGGCGUUCCGCGUCUACAUUACGACGCACGAAGUCGGGCCCGGAUGGGACCAAGCAGUGCUACUUCGGCGCCUAGAGAGGGCAUGGCGAGACAAGAUUCGUGCGAGACAGAAGGGACCUGAGGGAGCAAACGCAGCACUAUUCGCUGCGCAGGACGGAGCCUUCCUUACGUGGAUUGAGCUCAAACGACACAUUGCCGACUUGAUCGAGGCCGGAAAGCGCUGGGAGGCCGAAGAUGAUCAGCAGGAUCCACAAGCGAUGCAAGACGACGAAGCGGCGCGCAUCGCUCGGGAUAACGAGCACAGGAACUUGCGGGCAGCUAGCCGCGACGUGGUGAGGACGUGGGACGACCUGAACCGGCGGUUCGCAGCCGACUGGCCCGGCGAGAGGGUGUCUGCGGAUGACGUGCUGCAGCAGGCCUUCCAGACGCUGGCGGGAGACAGCACGCUCGCGGCGAGCUCGGUGGGCGACACGGUGGAAUGGCUCCGGCAGCAGCUGGAGCAAUCUGCGGACGACGAGGGACAAGGCGACGAGGGCCUGCUGUACGUGCGCACAUAGCCUAUACAAGACAAGUAGGUGGCAGGGAGUCUCUACAGUACGGUAUUCGCUCUCGACAGCGAAAAGAAAGUGCUGGCUGGGUAUGCACGGACGACGAUAUGCGCGAUAUCGAAUAACAAUCAUCGGAUCGCGUACUAUUGGGCACUACUGGGUAUGGGGUAUUGGCACUCUCUGGUUGCGACUUGCAAGAUUGUUGGGUGGAAAGG